AACCUCUCUAUCUCAUAAAACUCACCAUCAGCUGCUGCUCAUUUUUUACUCUGCUAAAUUUUCUCGUGAACUGCAUAAAUUUAAGUCGUGUCAUAUUAAUUACAUUGUUUAAUGAAUUCCCAACAUAUGUAACUAUUUUUUUACCAACUAUGGAUCUACUACUGGUUGAACGUGUUAACAAUUUAUCCGCACAACUAAAUAAUUUGAAAAAAUUUAUUGAGAUAAAAUUCGGUGCGGAGUAUAAAGACUUUGAAAAGUUGGAACUUACCAAUCAAGCGAAAGUCGUGGCUGAUAAGGCGCCGCCCGUCAUAAUCUUCCCUGAUAACCAGUCGCGACCCCAUUUUGUCCAAAAUACUGUUUCCCUCAUGGACACAGGCUCAGUUGUGCCCCCUCAGCCCCCCCAACAGGAUAAACCAAAUUACCACGUGACCAUCCUACCAACUUACAUAUCGACUAUGAAUUCAGCCACCUUGGUCCCCUACGCGGAUACGAAUUGUGCACCCCUACAAAAUUCUGGAAACAGUGGAAAUUUUAUACUUCAUGGUGGACCGAUACCAUCACCCAGCACUUUCUCCUCCCCUGCACAACCAUUCGGUAAGGAGGCGGUAAUAUUUAAAUGUUACCACUGCCCUGAGAAUUUCAACGAUAUGAAUUUGCGUCGUGCCCAUUGGAUUGCGCGACAUUCCAAUGUUUUUCGGCGCAUCGAAGGGAAAUAUUAUCACACGUGUUCAUUCCCCGGGUGCAACAGGGAUAACAUGCUUACAAGCCGUUUUAUGGCUCAUUUCAGAAGAUCACAUCUCAAGAAGAAGAGAAAAAUACUGACACCAAGGAGGAUUGCCCCUCAAACCGAUUCUAACACCAAUUGUAUCGCAACCUUAUCAGCCCCUUGUGACGAUACUCUCGUUCCACAUGACGCAACGGCUGUUGACCACACGGACAACUGGAACUGUAACACCGUACCCGAACACGUGGAGGAAGAGGAAGUCCAGAUUAUUAAACUGGAAGACUUCGACCUUCCCGAAAACGACCCGCUGAGAUGUGAUAUUCCCCCCCAGACAGAACGUGGGAAUGGUGAUUUAUCGCCGCCUAAACCGAAAAGCAGUAAAAAUUUCGGCUCGUUCGAUCACUCGGAGCAGCCGCAAGUUGGCAAACCAAAACCUAUCGAAUGCCUCAGAGUCUCCUCAGAGAUCAAAUUAAUUCCUACAAAGAAACCAAACCAACUGAAAUCUUACCGCCGACCUUGGCCGAGUUAAGGAUGCGAAAACAAUGUCAUCCGAAAGGGGGAGGGGACGACGACAUGCUGAAGACUCUCUCCAGAUCUCUGCCUACGACAUGGGCGUAGCAUUUAUGUAAAUUCGUGCCGUUUUACUAAAAUAGCACAGACCAAAAUGUAUAAUCUUUGUUACGAAAGUUAUUGCGACAUCAUGAAUAAAUUGAAAAUCUUUAAUCGAUUUAA